AUGCCAAUGAUAUUAUUUGGAGAUGGGUUAAAAAACAAGUCGCAUGUCCGAUAUAAAGGACUAAGAUAUGAAGUAAUCGAUAAGUUGUACAGACAGCUAAAGCGGCGUGAGAAUUUGGAAUUAUUACUGCUUGAUAUCGGCGAGUACAACACUUCCAAGGUGAAACAUGCAAUGGCUGUCUCCAUCGAAGAAUAUGUUCCUAUUGCUACCUCUAUUUGGAAUGGUAAUGGGUCUCCAAGUGUCUUUCAAAGACAAAGCGCCACCUCCAAUGUGGUUGCUGCACCGUCAUCGGUGACAGCUUAA